AUGUGUGCGGCGCCGUUUUGCGAGCCGAAAAGACGCGAUUUCGGCCUCGCGUCUUUCGGAGAACGCGGUUUCGGCGGCCUUCUGCCGGAUAUUUGCGAUAACUCGCCGCGGACCUCAUUCCUGCCCCAGUACAACUUGGAGUCGUUCUGGAGGACGGAAAUCCCGCCGUUGUCUUUUGAUCUUCCCCGACCGAUGAUUGAGCCGAGGGCUGCGAAGGUUAUUCUUUGAUUAUUUAGUUUUUUAUUUUUUUAGUUUUUAUUUAAAUGGUUUCACUAGAAAGUUGAUUUCAAAUUGAUUUUUUUUUUGAUUCUGUUUACAAACUUGGAAAUGGGGGAGAGUCUGGACUUUACUUUAAAAGUUUUUUGGUUUAGCGCAUCGUGGGAGAAUACUUUUCCAAUGAAAAUUAGUGUUAUUCUGAAGUUUUCGAAUUUUGGUGCUUCCAGUUUUCAAUUUGAGCUCAAAAAGCUUUUCUGGCUUUGCUCGGUAUGAAUUCGCUCAUUUUUCCUCUUUUUCUCCCACACAAGUAGAGCUUUUUCGGUGGCCGAACGAGAACACGAUAGAUUUUGCAAAAAUUUCAAAAUUUCGUUGAAGGGUUAAUUUUUUCAUGAAAAAAUGCUCUUUGAAAAAACUCAGGAGAAAAUUCUUCUAAAAGAUUAUUUAUAACUAUUUUCCUAUCUAAAUUAAUUACAUAUUCGAAUUUUCAGCUCCGGCUUCUACGUCUACCGGGCUCCUUCACUCCCGAAACGCCGGACUAUGAACUUUUCAAUCGGAAUCUCCUGACCGCAAAGGUGUUUGAAAAUGAGGAAGGGUCGUAUAUUCGCGUCUGGACUGUCAAUGAAAGAUCGAACUGUCGAACCGUGGAACUUUUCGAUGUUCAGGUAGGGCAUACUGAUACUAUGGCCAAGAAAGGAACGGUUCUCUAAAAAGAUUAUUGCAGCUUCAAAAAAAAAAUCGAGAAUUCAAUGGAGAGAUCCUCAUUUUGAAAAAGAAACUAGGAAAGAAUGGGGAUCGGAAAAUAUUCAGAAGUGACUAAAAUGCCAAAAUGAAAGUUCAGAAGACUUUUUUUGUUAUUCAAGGCCUUCGAAAUUGCUGAAAAAGCCAGUGAGUACUUCCAACACCUCAUGUUUCAGUUGGAUGACCGAUGCUUACCGAAAGAAGAAGUUCAUGAGAAGUACGAUCGACGGAAGAAACUGAAGGAGGCGGUGAUGGAACUCCGAUAUUCUGAAGUUCUCGACGAUGAAGCCUCGGUUUGGGCGAGGGCUUCUCAUUCGUUGGCUCUGUUUCGGGAAGGAUUCGACGGAAAACCCGAAAUUGUGUUUCGAGUGAGAUUUGGAACGAUUUAAAAAGAAUGAAGAACGUUUCCUAACAAUAAUUAAUGUACGUUGAGGCUUGUAUUUACAUGGUCUCAGGGAUUUUUAGGGUUUUAGAAGUUUUACAAAUCUGCUCUGAGUGUAUUGGGACGUACAGAAUUGAAAUAUUUCUCUUAUUUUCACGUAAAAAGUGAAGCUGAUCCGUAGAAUAAUGUAUUAAGAAAAUAAAUUUCAAAUAGCGUCGUUUUUAAAGUAACUCUAUUUGAAAAGAAAAAAAAAACGUUAGUUUUUUUGAAAUAUAUUUCAUUAUUGUACAUCAUCAAGAGAUGACUUGUUGAGAAAAGAAGUCAUAAUUUUAGUGCCUUUUAACUUUAAAAUCUCGUGUAACUCAAUUUUAUAAGGCGGGCGGAAGGCUACUGAGUUUGGAAAUAGAGAUCGAUUUUGCAUUUUCGAAUGGAAACAGUUUCAGAAAUUUAGAACCAAAAAUAAGAAGAGAAUGUGCUGAAAUUUAUUUAACAAUUCUCUCUACAGGAACCUGUGCGAAGCUUCGAAGAAAAUACUCUGUUUCGCGGAGAAAUCGCCCUGAUCGACUACUAUCGAACUCUGUGGUGGGGCGAAUUGGGCCACGGCCUCAUGCGCCAUAAAAAUGACAGUUUUGAGAACGAUAUCAAUGUAAUCGAAAUUAAAAGAAAAAGAAUAAGAGAAAUGAAAUUUUUCAGUCAUUGGGAUUCGGAAACCAUCCGAGAGUUUUGUACGCGGCUCUUGGCUCUUCGGUCAAGUCGAUUGAUGUUAGAACGGAAAACUCGGCGGCCGUUUCUUUUUUCGACACUUCUUCGUACGAUUGCAAGGUUUUUGGGUUAUUUCGAGCGGAAAAAAAAGCUCCGUUCAUUUAUUGUGUCUUUGCUUACUUUAGAAAAAAAAUUUUAAUUUUUAGUCAUUUUCUUGACUCGCUUUCACACUUCUGAAUAAAAAAAAGAGCGGGAAAAUACCUUAAACCUUGGCUUUUUUGAUCUGUUUAUCAACUUCUCUUUUCAUUUCUAGCCCAGAAGGCCAGAUCGGAAGCAAAUCAUUGGUGGUUGAAAAAUAGUUGAAGAAAAUAAAAAUUAAUUUGUUAGUAAACAAUACUUUCAGAGAGGCAGCGACAGCGGCUACGUGAAUGAAAAACCCAUCCCGACGCCGGAAAUCCAGCACAUCCGUCUCAUUCCCGACAGUCCGCAGAACUUGAUCGCGAUAUCAUCGCACGCCGUUUACCUGUUCGAUGAGCGGUUCCCCGGCCGACCCCUGAUCACUCUCCUUCAUUCGAUCCCCUUUGGAAGUCACCACGUCGCUGUAUCGCGAGCCGUUCGCGACAUCGCACACGGCGGCGAUAUCGUCUCUUUUUAUGCUCUCGAUCAGCGAGUCUCCGGCAUUUCUGCGACACGACUUUACCAUCAUCGCUCUGGGGUCUGGUCCAGCUGCCAUCCUUUCCGACUCUGCGACAAGCCUGACGACUACAAUCGACUUUUGAAAACGUCUUCUGUUCUGAGAAGAGAGGCUGACCGAAGCUUGGCACUCGUCCAGGGCCUCAAGUUGGAUGCCAAAGAUGUGGAUCUGCUGUUGCGGCAACUUGACGAUGGAAGCGUUUGGCUUCAAAGACUGAUCUAUGGAAAUUUGCAAGGAGACAAGAAGAAUGAAGAGCACGAGGAGAGCCAGAAAAGCAUUGCCAAGUACUGCGAGAGAAAUAAAAUUGCCAAGUACACGGAGAAGAUUGACGACGUUCUAAAGGCCGGUUCCGACGCCUUCAUCAAAGUCCUGGAAAUCGAUGGCAGUGUUAAAGCAAAGGAUUUUGGGAGAGUGGCCAACAAAGAGCUGAGAAACGCGGCCAUCGGACUUUCUUUCGAUUCGAUCCCGCCGCCGAAGACCUUGGAACCGUUGGAGUUCGAAGUGGGAGCCAAACUUUCCCAGCUUGUUUCCGACCUCUUCGAUUUUUCUGUUAGCGAUGACGUUGAUAUGGAAGUUGCUUCUCCUCGGCCCGAAACUCCGGCUUCUUCUAGCAUCGGCCUUUCUGAUAUCGAGUGAUGUUAUGUAUUUAUUUUAGUUGAUCAUCUUUUAAUCGAUAUUAUUUUGGUGUGGGAGGAUACAACUGAAAAUUCUUAACAUCAUUAAGUUUAAUUAUUUUUUUCCUUAUAAGGAGUUAUAGAUUUUUUUAUGAUGAAAAAAAUAGAGAAAUUUAUGAGAAAUUGCUGCUUGUAUACACUCUUUUACAAAGUGACCAUUCAUACUUUUCUCACAGGAAGUUUCUAAAAAAAACGAAAAAAACUUCGAACCAGUUGUAUUCUCCUAUAACUCCUGUUGUUUUUUUUUUGUUCUUCCUCAUAUCCUCUUUCCUGACAAUCAUACUGGUUAUUUGUUCUUUUAUGCCUUGAGAUUUUUCUGUUGACUCAUAGUUCUUUGAUAAGAAUAAAUGUGUGCUUUCAAUCGCUCAAGCCAUUUUUUUCCAUCAAAAUUCGCUUAGAACUAUUCCAAAAUUAUCUCGAUUUUUCCCAACUUCCAGGCGAUUGGUGUGGCUUUCGUGGAUCACACGGCUGCGAAAAUACCAAAUUCGACGCCGCGAAUCUCGCCCAAACUUACAGGUUCAUUGAGUUUAUUGAUUUAUUUUUUAAAGAUUUUUUCUCAGCGCCCUUCUCUGCCUUUCAAUUCUUGGCGAUGAUCUGAGCGGAGUGGACCGAGCAGCGAUUUUGAGAACGAUAACAAAGUCACAGAAGCCUGAUGGAAGGUGAAAAUGUUUGGGAAAAUGUGAAAAAUGUGAAACAUUUUAAUUCUAAGUAUUGUUUUUGAAAGCUCUUUUAUUUUGAAGAGUUCCCGAUUUUUCAAAUUUUAAAGCCAAUAUGUAAUUUUUUUUUACAAGAGUCAGAAAUCAUUGAUUUUUGUGAGAUCCAUCUCAUAACUAGAAAAUUUCUAUGCACAGAGGUUUUGGUUCAUAAAAACUCGUGAAAGAAUUUUGUAAAUUCAGGUUUUCUGAGUUUUGAGAUGUUCGAAGGUGUAAGUGAAUGGGAAGGUCAAAAAAAAAUCUGGUCCUUUAAAGACCUAAAGUAGGUCUGAACAGCUUAUGCUUUGUUGAGAAAAAAAAAACAGUUGAAGUAUCAAAAAUGAAGCUCUAAUCAAUCCCAUUUUGCAGCUUCUGGGGCCAAGGAGUCGGCUCAGAGAGCGACAUGCGGUUCGUCUACUGCGCCGUGACGAUUUGCCACAUCCUGAACGACGACGAGGCGAUCGACUGGGACCGCCUCGGAUCCUUCAUCCGAAGUAGUCGGGGGAUCGACGGCGGCAUCGGCCAAGGACCCGGCGACGAGAGCCAUGGUACACGACUGAAACUGUACCGAACAAGGACAAAUAUUUAGAGCUCCGAAAAAAAAACAGAAAAAAAACAUGUAGUGCUAGGGAAUAUUAGAGAAAACAGGGGGAUAGUUUAGGUUUUUUUGUUUUGGGAAAUUUAACAGUCUGAAAUUUUUUUCGAUUCUACCAUCCGGACGUUGCCGAAAAAUGUUAAUAUCAAUAAGGAAAGCUUUUUUCUGUUGUUUUCGUUGUUUUUUUAGUUAACUUUUCACAAAAGUGAAGACAUAGAGUUCUGUAUAAUCCUUGCUUUUGCUCUUUUUUAUGAGGUCUUUUUGCAUACUAUUAAAAUUUUUUCUCCACAAGAUUUCCGUGACUUCAAUUCAUCAUAAUUUCGCAGUGUUGUCACAAAAAUGAGAAGGAUCAAAUCAAACUUCGAGGAAGAGUUUUUUCUGAAUUUUUGAAACGGAAAGUCCAUUUAUCUCCUUUUUUUGAGUGCUCAGAUUUUUGCCGCACUCGAAAAUUAUAACCUCUUUGAGGAAGGUUUUUCAUCUUUCGAUUCACAGCCAAUAACGUUGUCCUUAUGAUUAUAAAUAUUUUCAAAGGCGGAUCAACCUAUUGUGCGAUCGCCUCUCUUGCAGUAGCGAAUCGGCUGUGGAACGAGAAAGUCUUGAAAAUGGAAGAUUUGGACAGGUUCCUUGAAAAGAAAGGCACUCAAAUAUUGACUUUUUCAACUUUUAGAGUGGUGAAAUGGGCCAUGUGGAAGCAGGACGAAGGAUUCCACGGCAGGGCCCACAAACCCGACGAUAGUUGCUACGCCUUCUGGAUUGGUGCCACACUUGAGGUCUUUUUUGAAGAUUCUAAUCAAAAAAAUUGAUUUUUUUUCAAGAUCUUGAACCGGUACGAUUGUAUUGAUAAGCGUAGGUUACGCGACUUUUUGUUGAUCGCCCAACACUCGUUUAUGGGCGGUUUUUGUAAGCUUCCCGAGGUCGGCGCUCAUUCAGGUUUGUUGAAAAGAACAAUAAUUAUUAUUUCAAUAACAAUAAUCCAGGGAAAAAAGAUCUGCAAGAUUGGUUUUCAGUGAACUUUCACUCAUUUUGUCGGCAGUCCCAAUUAUCAAAAAUUAAAAAAGCUGGGGACUUGAAUCUUAUUCGAUUUUUUUUCAGGUUUCAUUGGCUUUCUAGUAGUUCAGUUAUCCAUCAACUAGCUUCACUCACCCGGAAAUUUCGUUUUAGCGGUUUCAGAGUUAGGGAAAACCCCUAGAGAAUCUUUCAAAAACUACUUCUAUGACGCCUCUACACCCGUGUUCUCUCUUUCUCUUUCUUGCUCCAAAUUUUCAAUUUUUAACUCAAUAACUUGUCAUUUGACGCUAAUGGAGCUUCUCGUACGAUUCAGUGUUUUUCUUAAAGUUGCUGAUAAGGUGACGCUGACACCACUCAAGAGAUCACUAAAUAGCUCAGGAUCGUCCAAAAAGUAAAUGGCGUUCCGCAUUGGUUCCAAAACAUUCUGACAUUGGAGAGAAAAUUUUUAAAAAUACUUUCUUCAAAAAAUUACAUUUUUAAAAGGUAAAUGAUUGCAGACCUUCUCCAUACUUACUUCUCCUUGGCGGCGAUGUCACUCCUAAAAGAGCCGCUUUUCUGGCCGGUCAACGCGGCGAUGAACGUGUCCCGACGUGCCUACGAAACUAUCAACUCGAACGUCUGGCGGAGGCCCCGGCUUUGA